AUGGGAUUUUUGAGUGGAGUGCUUGGUGCGGUGAAAGAUGAUACAAAUGUCGCAUCGUAUUACUAUAUCACAAAAGAUAAACUCAAUAACUUUAAUAAAUUUUUAUAUACUGGGCAUAGCAAUUUUUCACACUUUAUAUCGUAUGUUAGCUGCGUGCUCAGUGAUUAUGAUAUAGCUCUUAAGAGGAAAACAGAUGAGGUAAGGAUAUCCCUAGAAUCUCUGAAAGAACAAAUUGAAUUAGGUAAAAAAUCGAUCGAGCAGGAUCGUUUCAGGGAUAUUUCUAAGCAAGUCAGCGAGUGGACCAGGCGAGCCGAUAAGUACAUUUCCAAGGCAACUGAUGCCGACAAUGCAUUGAGAAAAAUUGAUCUCCAACUUUCAUGUAAGUUAAAUGUGUAUGUUAAAUCUGUUGUGCAGGCAACGGAGGGUUUCAAGAGGUGUGCGGAAAACAAUGAUCUAAAUGUGCUAAAUGAGCUGGCUGAGAAUCACAUGGCGAAGGUUACGGCGUUUAUCAGUAGCCAGAGUAAGAGGUUGAUGAUGCAGUUUUACGCGUAUCUAGAAAACUGCAUUGGCGCCUUGUAUAUGAGCCUUGAAAGUUUGAAAAAUUGCGAUUUUAACGACCUGGAUACUUCGGUUUAUCCCGACCUUUGCAGUGCAUUCGAUUUAGUCAAAAUCGGAAUGGAUGAUCUUCUCAUUAAAUAUGACAAGGAGAUAGUGAGCGGAGUUAAGAGUAUUGCGGAGGAUGUAUUGGCGCUAAAGAGCACGGUGACGGAUGAAAAGAAAAAGCUUGCAUUGCAGGUGAGUAGUUUGCAGGCGCAGAUUACGUCGCUUAAGGAUUUACGAACGCUCGUAGUUCCUCCGAGUACUACUUUUGAUGAGUAUCAAUCAGAUGCGGAGGAUAAUAAAUGGAAUUUGCACAAACAAAUUCAAAGUGUCACACUUCAAAUUGUGAACAGUGUCAAGGGGUGCUUUGCCACGUUGCCUAGUGAUAUUAGUGCUGCACUAAAAAAAUACACAAAUAGAAUAGCAGACGCAGAUGAUAAUUCAUCGGAUGAUGAAGAUGGGUAUCUUGACAAGAUUGAAAGCGGUGUAGUAACGUAUGUUGGAACGUUCGAGAAUUUUGAUAGUAAGGUUCAAGAGUGGGUGACCGAUAUCUUGAAGAAAGAUAAGAUUGUGAACGAUAGAUAUCUCAAACGGUAUGUAAGUACUAACAUCAGGGAGAGUUACUUUAAAAUUAGAGAUAGCACACAUAUGCAUGGUAUACUUACAACGGCAGUAAGGACUGCGCUUACGCGAUAUAUUACGGCAGCAGGUGAAAAGGUACGAUUAAUGACAGCGGAGUCCCGCCCUAAUGAGACCAUUGCAUUUCAUUUAAGAGCUUUAAAAGAAGGCAUAGAGCAUUUUGUCGGCCAGCUAGGAAUGGUUUUAGAUGAUAGAGUUGGAGCAAUAGUAGACGACGUUGAGGAUCAACUGGGGGUCGAAGACGGCAAGUCGUCUCCCGGUAAAUCGCAUCUCACAUACGCAAUCCGCAUUCUCCUACACCAAUUACAUAGUGUGGCAAGGCAAGCUGGCAAUGAUGCCGCAGCGCUACUAAACGAAACGUUUGUCAAUAUGGCCAAUGUGGAUAAAUCCAUAGUCGACGUUAAAGCUCUUAGCAGUACCAUCGAAGCAGAACUUACCCCCGACGACUCAAGCCAUGACUACAGCAAACUUGGCAACCAAAUGCGGAACAAACUGAUCAAUGCCGCCACUGAUGAUAAUGAGGUCAAAAAUAAAAUGAAGGAUCUACUCAGAGAGGCGUGUAUUAGAGGUAUCGAUGAACUGCAGGCACAGAUUACGAAAAUCGUGGCUGGUAAAUUCACUGAUGGUAGAACUUCACUUGAGGGCAUUAAAUCGGAACUUGUUAAACUUCAAACCAAAGAGGAAGUAGAUAUAACCACUACACAUGCAGACGGCGGCGACUCAUUGCUUGAAAAGCAAGCUCAUGGACUUCACGUAACAGUUCUUAACUUUUUGAGAGACAAGAUAGGCGAAAGUGCAACCCCCGCGCAAAGCAGCGUGCACAACGAUAUGAAACGGCUCCUAAGAAAUGUUGAUAUUUUAAAGCAGAAUGUAGCAAACGUCAAAAAAAGGGUAUGUGCCGUUGGUGAAAAAUUGGAAAAGUGCAUAAUACAGGCAGAAGAGCUCAUUACCGAGACUACCAAAGAAGCUACGCGAUCUUUUGACAGAUUGCGUGAUGCAGUCAACAUAAUUGUUGAGCGUGCGUUUAAUGACAUUCAAAAGGAAGCUAGAAUCCGCUACACAGAGACGAAGAGAAAGGAAGUGGACGCUCUAAUGAACAUCGUCACCGAUCAGCUGACAAGCAUCACCAAGACCAUUAGCGAUGAUUUGGCCACCGGAGUCAAGGGGUUCAUCAAAACAUUAAAGGAUGGAACGACGAAAAAUUUGAGUAGUAUGCAGGGUAAAAAUAUUGGCCGCCUCAAAAAGUUUGGAGACCUGUCUUCGCAACAAGAAUACGACCGUCGACAGUUUACUGAUCUCGCCGAGGCCUUCCACGACUUCUGCCAGCCCCUCCACACUUACCUCCUCGGAGAGAUCACACGAGCCAACCUAAACAAUUCCGGCACCACCCCCAAUUACUCCGCCCGUCUAAAAAGUAUUUUCACCGCCUUUUCCACCCUCCUCCCCCAUCUCAGAGAGGCAAACAAGUACGACCACCGGGUCCCCUCCAUGCUGUCCAACCUCCGCGACGCUCUCACAGUCCUCAAGCCUGACGGCUUUUCCACGCCGAACAGUUCCACACUGGACUGCAUCACGAGCGGGCUCACGAAAUUCGCGGAUGAGCUGGACAAGGCGUACAUAUCGGUGUAUGAUGGGCAGGGGUUUGAGGGUAAGGUUGUAGAGGAGACGGGUACCGUAGAGGUUUACACCACCGGAGUGUAUCCGGUAUAUCUAUCGACCGAGUACGGAAAGAAGUGCGCCAAGGUGUUUUGCACGGCGCUCGAAAUACUGUUCCACGAUCUAUCUGAGUUGAGGGAGGAAUGCAAACGCGAUUGGAAGGAUCUGAACAUUUGUAUGCACCCCGGUGAGGACAUUGAAAAUGGCCUAGCCUCAUACCUGAAAAACUGUGGUUACGGAGUGCCAAGCAAGCAAGGCGUGCAGGACGGGGAGUUGAGGUACGGAGAAAGUUGGACUGGUGAGAGUAUACGUGCAACUCUGCUCAUCAAGCAACAUGACGCUACUCUAACGCGUACAGCAUUUAGACUUGUCUACGA